AUGCAUUAUUUUUUAUCAUCAAUGGAUUCUUUUGAAAUUUUAUCCGAUUUAUUUAUGUUGUUGUGUAAUUUGUUGGGUAUUGGUUGUGCACUUAUUUUCAUUAGUGUACUGAUUAUUUAUCGUCAAUGUCGUAAAAUAACUACUUUACUCGUACUUAAUUCUAUUAUAGCUGGUUUUAUUGUCAAUGUAGUGUGUAUUUAUCAAGUAAUCUAUCAGUUAACUAGUGAUGGAAAUGAUAAACUAUGUGUAUUACGUGGUUUUCUUUUACAAAGUGGAUGUGGUCUUCUGUACCAUACAUUUUGUGUUCAAGCACUUCAUCGUUUUUUUGCUACUGUACCUGAACGACGACAAUAUCUUCGAUCGAAAUGUGUUAUUCUAUUCAUUGUAUUAUUACAAUGGUUUAUUUCAUUGACCUUUAGUCUUCCCAUUCUUGUUGGUGGCCGAAUCAAAUUUCAAGCAGGCUAUCGUAUUUGUCAGGUAUCAAUGCAUGAUCUAUAUGGUUUUCUUUAUCUUUCAAUUUGGAUUUAUUUUUUUCCAUUAGUAGUAAUUAUAGGAAUUUACAUUCGACUUUUAAUAUAUAUCAAACAAAAUCCAUAUCGUUUGGUUAUUCAUCAAAAUAUAUUUGAACGACCAAUACGACAACGUGAAUUUCGUAUUUUUCGUCAUGUUAUUAUACUUAUCUUUAAUCUUGUUAUUAUGCGUUUUCCUAAUCUUUUUUUCUUUCUUAUUAGUCAAUUUAGUCAUAUAACAAUUCCUUUUUAUAUAGAACGAAUCUGUCUCAUGUCUAUUUCAUUCGGUCAAGGUAUUACGAUGUUACUUUGCUUGAUUGAUAAUCAUCAGAUUCGAAAAUGUUUGAAAAAGGUAAUUAGAAAAGCAAAACGACGAUAA